GGAUUCUAAACGUUUAUCAAAUCCCAUUUUGAAACAGACCAACAAACAAUUCGCUUCUUCGGGGGUUCGUUCAUUCACACACACACUCUCUCUCUCAUUCACUCGCUCGCUCACUCACUCACUCACUCACUGGAAACAAAGAUGAGAGAGAUAAUAAGCAUUCACAUAGGUCAAGCCGGCAUUCAGGUCGGAAAUUCGUGUUGGGAACUCUAUUGCCUCGAACAUGGCAUUCAGCCUGAUGGAAUCAUGCCAAGCGAUUCCUCCUUCGGCGUUGCGCACGACGCCUUCAACACAUUCUUCAGCGAAACGGGUUCAGGCAAACACGUUCCCAGAGCCGUCUUCGUAGAUCUCGAACCCACCGUCAUUGACGAAGUUCGUGCCGGAACCUACCGCCAGCUCUUCCACCCCGAACAACUCAUAUCCGGCAAAGAAGAUGCCGCCAACAACUUCGCCCGUGGCCACUACACCGUCGGCAAAGAAAUCGUAGAUCUAUGCCUCGAUCGCGUCCGAAAACUCGCCGACAACUGCACUGGCCUCCAAGGCUUCCUUGUCUUCAAUGCCGUCGGCGGUGGUACCGGUUCCGGCCUCGGUUCCCUCCUCUUGGAACGCUUGUCCGUCGAUUACGGCAAGAAAUCCAAACUCGGCUUUACCAUUUAUCCCUCACCUCAGGUCUCAACCGCGGUUGUGGAGCCCUACAACAGCGUUCUCUCCACGCAUUCUCUUUUGGAACACACGGAUGUGGCUGUGUUGUUGGACAAUGAAGCGAUCUAUGACAUAUGCAGGAGAUCCCUAGAUAUUGAGAGGCCUACGUACACGAAUCUGAACAGGUUGAUCUCUCAGAUCAUUUCCUCUCUGACGACGUCGUUGAGGUUCGAUGGGGCUAUCAAUGUGGAUAUCACUGAGUUUCAGACUAACCUUGUGCCCUAUCCUCGCAUCCAUUUCAUGCUUUCCUCAUAUGCACCUGUCAUCUCCGCCGCCAAGGCCUAUCACGAGCAGCUCUCCGUCCCGGAGAUCACCAACGCGGUGUUUGAGCCUGCCAGCAUGAUGGCCAAGUGCGAUCCCAGGCAUGGCAAGUACAUGGCUUGUUGUUUGAUGUACCGUGGUGAUGUUGUUCCCAAAGAUGUCAAUGCUGCUGUUGCCACCAUCAAGACUAAAAGGACCGUUCAAUUUGUUGACUGGUGCCCAACUGGCUUCAAGUGUGGUAUCAACUAUCAGCCUCCUUCGGUUGUGCCGGGCGGGGACCUUGCUAAGGUGCAACGGGCUGUUUGCAUGAUCAGUAACAACACUGCAGUUGCUGAGGUGUUCUCUCGCAUUGACCACAAAUUUGAUCUCAUGUAUGCCAAGAGGGCCUUUGUCCACUGGUAUGUCGGUGAAGGAAUGGAAGAAGGGGAGUUCUCGGAAGCUCGUGAAGAUCUUGCUGCUCUUGAGAAAGAUUAUGAGGAAGUCGGUGCUGAGGGAGCAGAAGAUGAAGAGGAGGGAGAUGAUUUUUGAUGUUACCUUAUAACUGAAGGUGUUUUUAUUAUUGUUUCUACUAAAAAAGGGUAUAUGCUUCGUUACAUUGCCCUGCACCCGUAUUGUUAUUUCUUUUUUGUUUCUGUGUGAUAUAGUUCCAUCAUUCAAACUGUGAAAUGCUCAUCAUUAUGCUUCUACAUGUUGAUUUAGGAUCUUUUGUUUGCGGCGUCAAUCAUGUAUUCAGAAUUGUCAAUGUCAAAAGUUGUUUUUUUUUUCUUUUAUUCGCGGUCGCAAUUUUCUUUCACUAGAUUUCCAUUUUGAUUGUCUCAAUUUCACCUCGCAAAACGUUUCCUCCCUUGUAUUUUUUCCAACACGCAUCAUUCUUGGAAUCGCUGUUGGCUAAAAUGGCCCUACUUAAUUGUGAUUGUUCACCGAUUCAAGUAUUUAUUUAUUUAUUUUUAUGAUUGCUUCUGUUUAGAUGAAGUUUGAGGUAAGUGCCAAAACUUCUUGUGGCACGUGAAUCAAGUGAAAGCUUACCGCAUGGAAGUGUAUCUGAGGGAAAAAAUGCUAGAAAGCUAUAAGUAUUAGUAGGAUUGUUCCAAAUGAAGUACUUAGCAUGAAUUGAGGUAAUCAAACAUAAUAAAAGCCUUCAAAAUG